GUUUGUGGGGGUGGCACCCCACCGAUGGCGUCGAUGCGCAUCACGCCCGGACUUGACGAAUUGACGCAUCCAACUCACAACACUCCCACGUGCGCAGUUGGAUACUACAGCAUUCUCGCGCGACGCGCGUCUAUGAGCACUUGUGAUGCCUAUGUGUACUUCUCCAGACCACAUGAUGUCCCCUUCCCCACCAAACGUCAGUGCCGAGGAACGCCCACUUUCUCUACAGUCUCUACCCAGCGAAUUACUCCAACUCAUCGUUGCCUACCUCGACACUCCUACGCUCAAACACGUGGCUCUAGUCUCCCAGGCAUUCCAUCAACAUGCGACGGAUCGAUUGUGGCGUCAUGUUUGUUUGGUCGACCAGUGGAAGCUACACUUGAACGAAGAGACAGACCUGCUAUGGGGCGAACGCGGCCGUGGAGAGCCCGACGAGCACGACGACACACCCAUCAUUCAGAAACUGUACAUACUUGCGACUAACCCUGCGAUCGCAUCCAAGGUCCAGACACUGUCGCAUCGAUGUCACCUGCCGUCUCCGAACAUAUUCAGCGAACUCCCACGAAUGCGCUUCGACGCCGAUAAUCUCUCACAAGACGAUCGACUACACAUACUCCUCAAGCUCGCCAUACGAAACCUGAUCAAUGUGCAUACGCUGCGUAUUGUAUACGGGCACUACAAGCUGACGAACACACUCGUCACUGGCUUCCUUGAUCAAGGUCGACCACGACGUGUACCUCUUCGUAAACUCUGGCUUGAGAGCUGCAGCUUCGACAAGACUGAGUUAUGCCGGCUUCUGCCAAACAAAGCUACUGGGCUCGAGAGCAUUCGGCUGCGUAGGCUUGGGAAGGACAUGUCAGAUCAAACAAAGUGUCCGGGGCUACAAUUUUCCGAGUUCAAGCUUUCCCGUGGCGGACAAUACUACCAGAUGCAUAAUGGCGCAGGAGGUUUUGUUGGAACCACUAUCCACUUCUCUCAUGAAGGUCUGCCAGAACGCUGGCCGCGGUCUUCAACAGAAGAGUUGAGUGAAAAGGCCAGAGCAUAUGAUGCUAUCAUGUGGGAGGAACUUCCCGAGAUUAGAGACUACGUCGAUGAGAAUCCGGUGCAUUUCGAGCCCGCAUCACUUGGACAGUUUGUGUCUGACCCAAAUCCCCCAAUGGAAUGGCUAAUUGCAUGCUCUGCCUCCACGCUCACCAGUCUCAACCUGGAUUGGAUACACUGGCGUCGGAGAGAUGCAGAACUCGCCGGCUCCACCACUGACUCUGAAUUGUUUCUCUCUGCACUAAGCAGGCUGCGUUUCCCGCACUUGCGUGCAUUGCAGAUUCGCAAUGCUGUUUUACCACCCACAGUACUCCCAAAGGACGUUUAUCUAAUGGAAGAACCCUUUCUGGACUUCGUCGAGGCGCAUUCUAAGAUACAGUGCCUCGGUUGGCCCAUGGACAAAAUGUACAGUCACACUAAGCCGUCUCUUGACAUUCAAAAUCGAUCCCGAGCUCUGGUCGCCCAUUUAGCAACAACGCUCACCGACCUUCGCAUCGAUACGCAAUAUACAGGACCUGGGGAGCCAUUCACGGCGAUAUGCAGGACGGCAGAAGACAUGCAGGAACGUACCCGGCGACGAAGAUUCAUCGACGAGUUCGUACCUCACAUGCGGAAAGUCGAGCAGAUCAAGCUAGAAGGCGGUAUACCACGCGACGAGAAGCGUGAACUGCUUCGAGCACUACACUGGUGCCCGUUGAAGAAGAUAGUCAUGAUUGGCGUUUCAUUUCCAGCAGGGAAUACAUGGGGCGCUGGCGGACAGCAACUCAGCGCCAUCGACCCAGGGCAAUCCGGCUCAGAGUUCAUCUACAACCUUGAAGACGAAGACCUUUCGGGCAUCUUAGCCGCAUACCGCCGUGGGUUCCCAAUGCCCUUGGAUUUUACAUUUGAACCGAGCUACGGCUGGCCGCCCCAAGCGCCCCUUCUCCAGACCGUCGCCCUGCACCACGCGUCUACAGUUGAAGAGCUCAAGAUUUGUGGCUACAACGGCUGCCCAAUUCUCUCUUACACAACACCCAUCACCAACCCUCUUCUCACCGGUCUCCGCUCCUUCGACAACCUCAAACAACUCGUCAUCUCAUUCUGGCUGAUGACUUGGUAUGAAGACUCCUAUCGCGAUACGGAGAUCAUCCAAUCUUGGCUCGACACACGCUCCCCUUCUUCGACAGCACUCACCAUUGUGACGCCUCCCGCAUCGCCAACCCAUGAUCAGCCCGUCGACCCAGGUCAGUUUCCCAACUUUGGUAAUCCACGCGUUGUGCCACGUGCUCAGAACUUCAACCGGUGGGCUGUCGAGCUCAGGACCAAGUUUACUCCCUCGGCGCUUGCGUACCGUGUUGCGCGGGACAUUGGACCGUUCCUGAGUGACGUGGCUAAAGAGAGGAAGGGCGGUGUGGGUGUGAGGGCGAGCUUUUGCCUGGGCGUAAAGGAAGAGAGGAGAACUGCGAGCGACAUGUUCGAUUUGGAUAUCAGGAUCGGGAGAGGCAACCAGGUGUUGGAGUUUGUAGGACCUAGAGAGGAAGGCGAGAAGGGGCGGUGGUGGACGAAGAUCGAGCAGAGAAGGUGGUUCUGAGGAGUGAUGGAACGAGAAUGUGCUUUAUACUUGUUGUGAUUGUUGAAAGCGCUGCUGCACGUCAACAUGCAACUUCGGCCAUGUACGGAAUUUGUAUAGCAGGUGGUGUGUUAGUCGAGACUUGUUCAUCUAGAUAGCAAAGCAGAUCAGGUACAAAGCAACAGGCACAGUGUCUGUUUGUAAUUUGCCAAUAAGGUCGGUACGUCCGUAGGUGUAAUCGGUACGGUCGUCUGCACUCGAGUGAUGGGUCGCGGG